CCCCUCUUCAUUCCCAGCCUUACUAAAAAAAAUUCUUCACGACAUUUGGUCUGAAUAGUCCUUGUAUUGUGCGCAUUAUUUCUGUCAACUUUUCGUCUAUCUCGAACAGAAUUGGGCGCUCCAGCUACAAGGAUGGCUGAAGUAGUAGGACUUGCCGCAAGUAUAGCCGGACUUGUUGGUAUCACCGGUCAAAUUGGGAAGAGCAUCUUAUUCAUCAAAGGAUUCCUGGAAGAUGCGAGGGAUGCUCCAGAAGAAAUUCGUUCUCUCGCUUCGGAGCUCGAGCUCCUCGCUUCUGCUGCAAUGAAAACAGACACAUUGCUCGUGAAGUGCCAAACUGAUGGAGUGGUUAUCAACCUUGAAGAGGAGAGGAAGGGGUUGAAAAGGUAUGCGAAUAUGAUCGAGAUACUUAAAACAAAGAUCGAGAAAGAUAUUAAGAGGUUUGGACCCGGAAAAGGCCAUUGGUGGGAACGAGUCGGCAGCGCGACCAGGAAAAAAAGCGUGGAGGGGUAUUUGGUUGGCGUGGAACGAGCCAAGUCAUUGGUUUUCGGCAUUGAAACCAAGAUUAUGAUACAACUACAACAAGGUCAUCUCGAUGCCCUCAUCAAAACACACCAGUCUCUCGAAACUCUACAGCUUUCAUCAGAUCAAUUCAAAACGACACUGAGCACAAUGGAAACUCAAACGAGUCAAAUCUCGACCUGGACAGGAACCACGGAUCAAACACUCACCACUCUUUCAACCGAAGUCCAGCAAAUCAACACCAACAUCAAAACCCUCAUGCCAGCAAUCCAUAUCCUAGAACGUCAACCCAAUGCUCAGUCAGAGCUAUCUGCACUCGAAUCUAUGUUAGAAUCGGCAGUUAUGCGAGGCAUGAAACGACACCAAGAAGAAUUGCAUAAAAAUCAACCCACAACAUCACAUCGCCAGCCAUUACGAGAGAUAGCCCAAAACUGCGGGGAGAAAUCUUCGGAAGACAUCAACGACUCCCUGUAUUCUGCAUACUACUCCAUGAUCCGCCAUGAUGAAACAAUCUGCCGAACAUCAUUUAGGACCCCUCUUUUCGACAUUGACAUCCAGACAAAACAAGUUCAGCGGAUACCGAAGUCCAAAAAAGGAACUCCACUCCGUGACAUAUCUCGAUUCAAAUCCACCAAUUCUCAAUGUUUCACUACAUAUAACGUUCGAGUGAAGAUACCGUUCUGGAGAGGAGGCAUGACUUUCCAUUCUGGCAACGCCGGCAUGGUGUACGGUGGGAGCCUCUCCAAGACAUUCAGAACAUACAAUUUCGUUCCAAAUGAUGCUCCUAUUAUGAGAGCUUGUAGAGACUUUAAUUUGCCAGAAGUGAAGAGACUCUUUGACGCCGGACUUGCCUCGCCUUUGGAUUUCAACGACUAUUAUGAUUCCAGUCUUGUCGAUGUGGUGCUUAAGGAAGUGGCACACUCUGAAAGUCGGCAGCACUACUCUCAAGAUGCAAUCCAUUUGCUCAAAUAUCUGAUACAUUGUCUUAAUGGAGAUAUUGGUGGACCGAAAGGCCUAAUUAAUCUUUUUGAAGUAGCUGCCUGCUCAUUUCGGAAAGCCCAGAUUACUGCAAUGGCAGAGGCAUGCAGACUUAUCCUUGCGCACAGUUCUCAAGACCCGAUCGCCGGCGUGAAGUCAUUCUUAUCCAUUGAAAUGUCCAAAACCUCUCUUUACCAAGCAUUGGCUGCACAGAAUACAUGGUGGGUAGAUACAAGUAUCAGCGCUGGAGACACGAACACCUCGAUAUACUGGGAGACAGACUUGCAUAUGCUCAGUGAUCCGGAUGGAAUCACCAUUGAGUCUGCCAUAACUAAAGGUGCUAAGUAUCAGCCAUAUGUUUUCAAUCUUGGGACAUCGAAUGCAAAUCCUCUACACUUGCUGUUUGCUAUUGCCGCAGCAACGAGGGAAGAGGAGCUUCACAGAUGCGUACAAUCUCGAUUGGUUCUUUUGUUGGAUUCUGGGAUCGACCCACGUAGUCUUUCCUUUAUUAAGAGUUUCGGUCUGCGCGAGGACUGGUAUAUUGAAGAAGCAAUCUACAUGGAGAGACCAAUGUCAUGUAUAGAAUACGCCGAACGUCUCGGUCUAGAGACAUUGUUGGCUGAAUCACUAAAAAAGGUUGGCUGGAGUACUGCUGAAAUCGUGGAUUCAUUUGAAGAACAGUUACUUGUGGCAACGACAGAAUUGAUGAACGGAGAAAUUGAAUAUCGAAGUCGGGACGAAAACCGAAAAGAGUUCAUUGAGGCUAUCCGACAAGGAGAAUUUAUGGGUCUGGACGAGCCGCUACUUAUGGAGAUUUGCUACCAGCUGGAAAAUGAAAUUGGUGUCGAAUGGAGAACAAUUGAUGAUUUAAUCACGGAGGUAAAUUCAGUGUUCAAGAGGCGAAAGACGCCAGGGUGCUGGAUUGAGGAGGACAACGUCAACUUGAUACCUGGCAAGGAUUUUCGACUCCCGUAUAACUGUUUUCUAGUUGGAGAUCAUCUAAAAGAUUGGAAGUGUAUCCGACAUAUUUGGGAUAACGAACUUGGAGGCCGUGUUCCUGAAGGCUACACUGGCAACGUAUAUGACUUCAAGUUGAAGCAGUGGAUCUAGGGGUUAGUGCUUAGGAGACAAUGACAGGCACCCCAAAGUCACAGAACAGGACGUUCCUGGGGAGGUUUUCUGGAGACAUAGUUAAAUGAAAAUUCAUAAUCUCAUCCACCUCAACAUCCGUCACAUUCCCACCCAACCCCGCCAUCAGCUGACGAAACUGCGCAGCCGUAAUCGAGCCCUUGAACGACGGA